AUGGAUAAAAGUCAGAUUCCGAAUGAAACUCCCAGUGCGGAAUCCAGUUCUAUUAAACCUACAACUGCACCUCGCCCAACAACACUAAACAUACUGUUGGACAAUACAAUAAAAAGUCCAGCAUUAUCUUCUUUCCUGACACCUUCUCUAGAAGAACUCCAACCGAUUUUACGUUCAGAGGUGGAAAAAAUUCUUCAACACCUGAAAGCGUCUCCACAGACUCCUGGAAGCUUCCUCAAUCCUAAGCAUGUUACUGAAGAACAAGAGAGGUUCGCUAAUGUUUUUACUCAGAAGUUGAAUGAGCUACGGGAUGCAUCUAGUUUGGCCUCUCUGACUGCGGCUCUUAGUCCUGUUACUUCUGCGGUAAAUAAUAGUGGUUUGUACAAUAUUAAUUUGGCUGAUUUCAACUCUCAAAAUCUACCAAACUUUGCCGAACUAUGUCGUCAGGCAAGUCAAAGUGGAAUCAACACAACUCCAGCAUCUAUACUUUUUUACUCGCCAGCUUGCUUCGAUGCUCAGUCUUUCCCGAAUGUUCAGACUGUUACUCCAGGUCUUGUUGCUUUUCAGCCACAACAGACUGAUUCGGUCAACUCAACGUCUGAACAGAGUAUCACACUAACAAAUUUACAAAAUUCGCUUUCUAUUUCUCUUCCCAAUACUGUCCAACCAGUCACGGAGAGUGAAGUUACGACUGUUCAACUGCCUAACGGUCUGCGUCUUGGUAUAACGACCAAUGGUGCUUCACAAGCGUCAGUUCUUCAGAUGCUAGGUAUUGAGCCCCAACCAGAGAUUGUCCAUCAUGCCCAUAUUCCUAAUCCAUCUUUAGAUCCGUCUCUUUGGCCUCUAAACAUACAAACAAAUCUACCCCCUAACGACACUUCCGAUAGUCGUCGUACAGCUUCAGCAAGUUCACCACAAGACCCUGAUGAUGCUCGUCCUUCUUCAGUAGAUAUUAAUUUAGAGCAAAAUGAUCCGAUGCGGAACGUCAGGUCAUCUUCCGUUUCUUCUGUUUCUUCUUCGUCUCAAGGAAAUAGUUCUAGGAACCUAGCUGUUUCUAAUCUCAAGGACACACGUUUGGAUCCUACUGAGCAGUCGCGCAUGCGGUUAGAGCGGAAGAGAGCAAGAAACCGUGAUGCGGCUCGUAAAUGUAGGGAAAGAAAGAUUCGUUUGAUUAAAAGUUUGGAGAAGGACGUCAUUCAUCUCUCUGAAGAAAACAGGGCGUUGCGCAAUCGAUUAUCUCGCAGCAGAAUUGAGGUAGAACGUCUGAAAAUGUUUGUUGUCAAUCAUCUUGACAAGGACUGUCCUGCUUUAUCUAGUAAGGUAGCUUAA